GCUAGCUGCAUACACUAUGCCUCGGCACCUACGUUGCUUCCCGCCCAAAAACCGACAACCACCAACACCCAGCAGGCGCGCACCACUUACUCCGUAGUUACCUGUAUUUCAGGGCAGGCCAACUGCCGUAACCCGGAAGCACAACCGGACCCGAAUCUUAAUUCCAAUGGCCAAUGCCAAUGCCGAUGUCGACGCCAUAACCCACAACAGCCGCCAUGUCCAUCGACCGACUCCUCACCACGGUGCUGCAGCUGUACCAGGACGUGCACGACGAUGAGCGCACCGAACAGAUCUAUGGGUCGACCGCCCUGCUGCUCACCAAUCUCUCGAAUCCAUUGAAUCUCUCGCUGCUCACCUCGCAACUCCUCAUUGCCCCGGCAAUAUGGGGCCGCCGCGAUGGCAUGCGCACCUGCUAUCGCAUCAUCAGCAUCUUCAACACCGCCGCCAUCCACGUGCGCCGCAACGAGCUCGAGAGGGAACAAAGCAGAUACAAGAAUAACAAAAGCAAAAACAACAACGACAAUAACAUCCAACCGGCCCGGACCGGUGGAGGAGGGCUGGGAAGCGAUGCCUGGGCCGCCGCAGUCCUCAAGGGCGCCGACGACCAGUCGGGCCGGUGGCAGCACCUGCUCGUCUUCAGCGGCGUCCUGAUGGGCAUGGAGGGCGGCCAGCGGCGCUCCCUCAGCCGCUCCAUGCGCGGCACCGUCGAGCGAGCCGUCGUCACGGCCACCAACCUCGCCAUUCGCAACCGAGCGCCCGAACCUCCCGCCCCGUCGGGCCCCGUCGCCCUGGCUCUCAACUACGCCUUCCCGCUGCUGUCCGAGUCCUCGCGCGCCGGCCUGGACUGCGACGCCCUCGUGCCCAUCGCGCUGCGGGCCAUGCUCGGCGGAGACGGCCUGCAGGAUGGCGUCUUGCUCACGUCCAUGGACCAGGACGUCCGCCAGGCCGAGGACAAGUUCAUGUGGCUCGAGUCCUCGCCCUCGUUCCUACAUCUCAGGCAGCUCGAGCAGAGGCCGCUCGUCGCCGGCCUGGGCCCCCUUUCCACCCUGCUGUCCUACGCCGUGCGGCACGCGCGCGACUCCGCCGUCGUGCUGCAGCUGCAGGACGACCUGGUCGCCUUCACCUCGGGUUUGCUGCAGUACUGGCAGACCAACAAGCUCUGCGAGCUCGACGCCUCCGAGGAGACCAUCUUCCUCACCCAGGAGACGCUGCAGACCACGUGGCCUGCCCUCUGGCAGUUCCUCAAGAGGAUCAUGUACGCCUCCGUGGCCAUCCUCCAUUCCAUCGUCGCCCGCAGCCUCCUGGAUCGCCGCCUCAAGCACCACACCGUCGAGCCCACCGUCGCCACGAAGACCCUCCACGCCCUCCGCAACCUCUACUUCAUCUCGUCGCGCAACGGCAGCGACGCCUUCCAGGUCUACACCUUCACCUACCUCACCUCCCUCGACAUCCUGUCCCGCUACGGCCCCGCCUGUGCCGCCUUCCUCCGCUCCGUCCUGCCUCCGUCAUCCGCAUCCGGCAUCCCCCCACACCCCUUACACCGCACCCUCGACCUCUUCUACCUCAACACGGCCGAGCACCUCCCCCUGAACCUCCCGCCACAGGACUGCGAAGCCCUCAUAAUCGCCCCCGCGACACCCUACCUCACCACCCCGCCAUCUCUCUUUUCUUCUUCUUCUUCUUCUUCCUCCUCCGCCCCGUCCGCGCUAGUGCCCCUCUUCGAAGCAGCCCACAGCGCCGUCCUGGCCGUCCUCUCGUGCCCGCACAACGCGCCCCUGACCACCCGCGUCGUGCCCUUCUACGCCGACGCCCUCUUCUCCUCCUUCCCCGCCCGCAUCUCGCCGCGCCAGUUCCGCCUCGCCUUCCGCACCAUCCUGCAGAUCCUCAGCCCCCCCUUCGCCGUCUCGUGGGAGCAGGUCGAACUGGGCGAGUGCCUGCUGGAGAUGGUCCGCUACCGCGUCCGCGACGCCGGCAGGGACAUUUUGCCGCCCGCUCCUCCCCCCGCGUCCUCCUCCUCCUCCUCCUCCUCCUCUUCUUCUUCUUCUUCAGCUUCGGGCGAUGCCGGGCAGCAGCGAGGAGCGGAAAGAGAGGAGGCGUCGGAGCAGAGCACGCUCGUGCUGACGCUGAUCGACGCGCUGCCCUUCCUGCGCAUGGACAUCUUCGAGGAGUGGCUGGGCCUGGUGGCGGCGGCGGUGCACGAGGUCGUCGGCGAGAGGCUGAAGGAGGCGGUCAAGCGGCGCUUCUGGGAGGUGCUGGGCAGCGGCGAGAUGGACGUCGAGCACGCCGCCGUCGCCGCCGCCUGGUGGGGGACCAAAGGCGGCCGGGAGGCCGUCCUGUUCGGCAGAGGAAUCGCCCCGCACGGAGCCCGGCAAGGGCAGGGGCGAGAGGAGCCGUUCGUGAUGAGCGGGGCGAUCGUGAAGGAAGGGAGGGAGAGCAGGCUGUGAAUGGAUCGUGAGAGCGGCACGCACGACCCUGGACCGGGAUCCGGAUGGAGCGUGGAGGGAAGGUUAGAAAAGGGGGGGGGAGGGAGGGACCUCCAGUCUCUCCGCGCGCCGCGCUCCUUGCUGCGCUGUGCUGGGCACAGUGGUCCAGCUGGAUCUUCGGCAGCGCGCCCCCGUACACGUGUGUGUGUGCGCGUGUGUGCGGUCUGUCCAGGUGCUGGUAUCACUGAGGGAGACGGUCACACCUACAGGCUGCACCAGAGGAUCAGGUCACUUGUCGGGUGUCGGUUUACCUGUCCCGUGAGACCACCACGCGGGGCCGGAGUCAUGUCCCUUGCCUGUUGGUGCCUUUCUCUUCGGUAUCAUGACAUGACGGAGGAAGCUGUAACAGUAUCAAUAUGAUGUGAGAACGCUACAUGCACUACUACAUAAUGAUUAGACAACCGCUGUGAUGCCGCCUGUCUUAUCACACGCCGCGGUUCAGAAUAAGACGAAACUUCCUUCCUCGUGGCCCACCGAUGAAUGGUGAUACUCAAAAAAAAAAAA